GCCUUAAGUUAUUCUCAAACACUUGGAGAAAGAGAGAGAGAUGGCAUAUUUGGUUUGGGCACUGCUGCUGUUGACUUUCAUGUUUCCGGCAUUGGUCGAGUCAAUGGUUCGUCACUACAAUUUCAGUGUGGUAAUGGCAAACUUCACAAAGAUUUGCUCAACGAAGUCUAUAGUCACUGUGAAUGGGGAGUUCCCAGGGCCAACUCUAUAUGCAAGAGAGGAUGAUAAUGUGCUCGUAAGGGUCACCAAUCAUGUUCAAUAUAAUGUUACAAUCCACUGGCAUGGUGUGAGGCAGCUUAGAACCGGAUGGCACGAUGGACCCGCCUAUAUUACACAAUGUCCAAUACAACCAGGGCAAAACUAUUUGUACAAUUUCACAUUAACAGGACAAAGAGGCACACUUCUCUGGCAUGCACAUAUUUCCUGGCUGAGAGCAACAUUACAUGGAGCUAUUGUUAUCUUGCCUAAGAAAGGUGUUCCUUAUCCUUUUCCUAAACCUGAUAAGGAAAAGACCAUUGUAUUAGGUGAAUGGUGGAAAGCUGAUGUUGAAGCUGUGGUCAACCAGGCUACACAAAAUGGUCGGGCACCGAAUAUAUCAGAUGCUCACACCAUUAAUGGCCGUUCAGGACCAGUUCCUAAUUGCUCUUCUCAGGCAGGUUUCACUUUACAUGUUGAAAAUGGGAAGACAUACUUGCUAAGGAUUGUCAAUGCUGCAGUAAACGAUCAACUCUUUUUCAAAAUUGCUGGACAUAAUUUAACCAUUGUUGAAGUUGAUGCCUCCUACACUAAGCCUUUCAAAACUGACACAAUAUUAAUUAGUCCAGGCCAAACCACAAAUGCCCUUUUAACUGCUGAUAAGGCCACUGGCAAGUACUUAAUAACCAUCUCUCCUUUCAUGGACACUGUAGUGGCUGUCAACAAUGUCACUGGCUUUGCUUUCUUGCGCUACAAGGGUACAGUUGCCUUUUCGCCUACCACCCUCACCAACAUUCCUGCUAUGAAUGCAACUGCAGUAACAAAUGCUUUCGAAAACAACCUUCGAAGCCUUAAUUCAAAAAAAAACCCAGCAAAAGUCCCACAAAGUGUGGAUCAUUCACUGUUGUUUGCCAUGGCAGUUGGUGCCAAUCCAUGUGCAACAUGUAUUAAUGGUACCAAGGCUGUGGCAGGCAUAAAUAACAUUAGCUUUGUAUUGCCAUCUACAGCUAUUCUUCAGGCGCAUUACUAUGACAUAAGCGGAGUUUUCACUGAUGAUUUUCCAGCAAUCCCAACAAAUCCUUAUAAUUAUACAGGUAAUCUAACAACAGCUAAUCUCCAGACCUUGAAUGGAACAAGGGUGUACAGAGUCUCAUAUAAUUCUACAGUUCAAGUUGUGCUUCAAGGCACAAAUGUAAUAGCCCCAGAGAACCAUCCAAUACAUUUGCAUGGAUUCAACUUCUUUGCAGUUGGCAAGGGACUUGGAAAUUUUGAUCCAAAUAAGGAUCCACAAAAUUUUAAUCUUGUUGAUCCUGUAGAGAGGAACACCAUUGGAGUACCAACUGCUGGAUGGAGAGCAAUAAGAUUCAGAGCAGAUAACCCAGGCGUAUGGUUCUUGCAUUGUCAUUUAGAAGUGCACACAACAUGGGGGCUUAAGAUGGCAUUUGUGGUGGACAAUGGGAAGGGCCCCAAAGAAUCACUCAUACCUCCACCUGCUGACCUUCCGAAGUGCUGAAACAAUCAAUCGAGGCUUCAAAAAUGAAAGUUGGAGAAUUGAAAGCGGAGAUUAUGAGAUGAGAAUUUCUAGUGUAAUAUAAAUGAAGAUGUGGGUUAUGAAGACAUUUCAAAGAAAGAAACAGCAGGUGGGUUGUUCGUAGAGCGUGAAUAAAAUUGGUGGUCAUCAGCUAGUAUACUUCAAAUUCUUGCAUUUAUGUUUAUUUUACUCGCAAAAGAUGUCACGUCACCGCAUGUAGCUUUUUCUCUUUUUGGAUGAUUUUAUGUAAAAGAAAAGUAAUUAUUUAAUAAGAAUAUAAUGACAAUAAGGGGGGCAUUAAGUCAUUUUCUUUUAAGGAA